CCAGACCUUCACAUAGCUUUGGCCACGUACCCAGCAGCCAGCAGGUUCCUUCUUGAUCUUUUCGCAAACCUUUAGCCGCGGCAGAUCCACCGGCGCCUGAGAAGAUGCCGGUGAAGGUGUUCGGGUCGCCGGCGUCGGCGGAGGUCGCGCGCGUCCUGACCUGCCUGUUCGAGAAGGACGUCGAGUUCCAGCUCAUCCGCGUCGACUCCUUCCGCGGAUCCCAGCGCAUGCCUCAGUACCUCAAGCUCCAGCCGCACGGCGAGGCGCUCACCUUCGAGGACAGCAACGUCACGCUCGUCGAGUCGAGGAAGAUCCUGCGCCACAUCGCGGACAAGUACAAGAACCAGGGUAACAAGGACCUGUUCGGCCCGGGCGCGCUGGAGCGGGCCUCCAUCGAGCAGUGGCUGCAGACGGAGGCGCACAGCUUCGACAUCCCCAGCGCCGACAUGGUCUACAGCCUGGCAUACCUGCCGCCCGACAUGCCGCUAGACGGCAGGGGCGCCGCGGCCGGGAUGCACCCGUCGCACCGGCAGAAGGUGGAGGAGAUGGCGCAGCUGUUCGAGAAGAGCCGCAAGGACCUCGGCAAGCUUCUGGACAUCUACGAGCAGCGCCUCGGCGAGGAGGAGUUCCUGGCGGGCAGCAAGUUCACGCUCGCCGACCUGUCGCACCUGCCCAACGCCGACCGCCUUGCCGCGGACCCGCGCUCGGCGCGCCUCAUCGAGUCGCGCAGGAACGUCAGCAGGUGGUGGUACACCAUCUCCGGCCGAGACUCCUGGAAGAGGGUCAAGGAGCUGCAGCGCCCGCCGUCCGCGGAGGCGCCGUUCUGAGCUCGACCGCAGGAGGUGGCGCCGGUCGGCGUGGCCAUGGUCCAUCGUGUUUCUGUUGCUGCUGGUUUCUGUAUAUUCCCUUUGUUCUGAAUGAAUAGACACCGCCUGGCCCUGCGUCAAUGGCCGUUGUUCAUCGUGUAAUAAAUCGACAGGAGAAUGCUGCCCCUUCUCGUGAGAUUGGAUUGAACACGUCACUGCCUUAGUUUUUUUUA